AUGUUCUGCCUCAGUCGUGUUUUUGGAGACUUAUGGGACAAAAGAAAGAAAUCCAAAAAAGUUCCUUUUACAUUUAAUGCUACUUUGAAGACACUAAAGGAAGAAGAAUUAGAACGUCUUUGGAAGCUGAUAACAGAUGUGGUUAUUGCACUGUCUGAUUCUGCCUUUGAAACUAACCAAGACACGCACCAUGACCCUCCUCCUGACGAAGAAGUUGAUACAACUCGACAAGUCAUUGUAGCUGCUUUAGAUAUUGUUUCAGUUGCAUUUGAACUGGAGUACCCAAUUUCAAAUUCUUUACUACAUUUAGCCAUAUAUUUAAAUGGCAUCAUAUUUCAGAUCCCAAAUCAUUUUGAAGGGUUGAAAAAUAGUAUUGCUCAGUUUUGUGAGAAAGUUUAUCAUCAUACUCAUUUGAAAGAAAGAAGUCAGUACUUCCUGUAUAAUACUAUUGCAUAUUUGCUGAUUCGCUCACUAAAUUCAAAAGCAACAAAAACUGACGUGAAAAGGGUUUGUGCACUGCGAACAAUAUUUCCGACGGUGUUGGCUAUGAAUGAAGUUGAUAAAAAAGAAAUUGUCAAUCUUUUGAAGAAGUGUGCUGUCAACAAAUUGUACCUUCAGAUGCCUGAAGGAAUGAAAGUGAUAUCUCUCUCAUUGACCUUAGAUGUAAUGUAUAUUAUUGAAAUUCAUGCUGCAAUCAAGUCCCGCUUAACUUCUUGUACUGCAAAAAUGGCCACAUCAUUUGGAAAAAUAUAUUUUAAUGCAUGGUCUUUUGCUGUGAAAAGUAACGCUGAAGAUUUAAAAAAUGUUUUGGAAAUCAGUUGCAUAGAAGAUCUUGUGUUGCUGGGCGUCAAUGCAAAGCACAACAAGACCUUACUAACAAAUGUUCGAAAGUUGAUGAACCAAAUACAUUUACAUAAAAAGGAAACUUAUGUUACCUUCAUGCUUUAUAAUUUGUAUCAACCGUUGCUUUGGCGAUACUUGAGAAACUACGAUCCUAGAACUCGUGCAAAUGCUACCCAGUUAUUUCUUGAUGUUUUUCCAAUUGCCAAUCCUGACAUGGGUGUUGUUGCAACUGAUCUUCAUUUAAAUGAACAACUGCUCAUGAUCAAGGACCUUUUGAUUGAUGAAGUUGCUGAUGUUCGUGUUGUAACUGUUAUUGGACUUUGCAUUGCAAUGAGUGUGAAUUGGGAAUUAUUUCCUGAAGAGAUUUUGAAGACUUACUUUAAGAUUAUUAUUGAAGACCUUUGCUAUGAUUCCUCUUCAGCUGAGGUUAGAUGUGCAGUUGCUAAGGGCAUUAAAGUUCUUAUGGAAAAUCCUUUAACAUAUCCUACUUUGCAACGGAUUUUGCCGAAAUUUCAUGGCUUAUUUCAUGAUGUGUCAGAUACUGUACGUGUCGCUUUCUGCCAAGUUCUCAUGCGUGUGAAACGAAUUUCUUCCAUAAAGUAUUUCAACAUUGUUGAACCAGAUCACCUCUUAAUACGUUUGGAAGAUGACUGCCAUGCUGUUUCCAAAGCAAUUGUAAAUUUACUUAGCAACAGUUACUUUCCCAAAAAUACUGAAUUUGAUGAAUGCAUGUUUAGGUGUAUUCAGCUGAUUAAAACUAAUCAUGCAGCUUCUCGAGUUUUCUUUCGAUAUAUAACGUCUUACAUUAGUCUUGAAAAUGCAGUCAAGUUUAUUGUUCAAGGAAUGAAAACAAUUCAUCAUUACGUAACAACAAAAGUUAAAACUAACAGACUUGUUCCAUUGAAACCAAAUGAAAAUAUUAGUACAUUUAGCAAGAGAUUGGAUGCUAUGGAGGGAGAAGCAAACUUCCAAAAUCCAACUGUUGUCAAAGGAAUUGUUGAUGCAGCAACUAUAAUUUGGAUUGCUUCAAAGCAGAAGUUAGAUCAGGAUGAAAAUAAAUUUCAUCUCAAGUAUAUGGUUGUGAAGCUUGCAAAAAUUCUUCCUGACCUUGUUAUUUACUUUAAGGACUCACCUAUUUGGGAGUCGUUGUGCUACUUUAGCAGCUACAUGCCUAGCGACAAAGUUCCAAGCCUGUCCAGCUUGUGUUAUUUAAAGCUCCAACAUUUGCCUGAUGAUGCAAAGCCAGAAGAAUUCAUGACGGCACUGGAAUCUCUUUGCAAUCAGAAUGCAAGUCGUGAAUUAUUAGAACUGAUUCAAGAAUGGGUUAUUGAUGGAAUAAUGAAUAUGUGUGCAUCACCACCAGCUAAAAAGCGGCGUUCAAGUUGCAAAAAGAAAGAUCAGCCAAAAGAAAGUGAAGCAAAACCUUACUUAGCUGCUCGCAUGCUGAGUUUUAUGCUGGAUCAUAGAGUUUGCCAAAAUGUGCUGCUACAAACUUGUCCUGAUCUUCUGAUUAAAAUGUUGUCUUCUCUUGACGUAAUAAAAGAAAAAUUCGAACAAAUGGGUCACACUGGAUACACUUGUUCUCUUGUAAAGGAGAAUUUAUUCAAUUUAAUGAAGAUUGCUGCUCUCUUGUAUCAUACUUACAUGGCUGAGUGUGGAAAAUUUAUUGAAGAUUUAAUAUCAUGGUGUGCAAGUAGUUUGUUGCCGCUCUUGAAGUGCAAUAAAGAAAAAGAUUUACAGUCAAGUGGGAAAAGAAGGAAAUCAAGGAAGUCUAUCAGCCCUGAAAUAGUUGUUUCACAACUUGCAACUGACAUUUGCAAAGAUGUUUUUACUACAUGUUCUGAUAUGGUAGCAUUGGGAAAUUUUGACACUUCAAAGUGUAGUGUCCUGUUCUUUAGUGUCAAAGUUCUGAAAUCAGGUGUUUCUUCCAAGACUCACAUUGACAACUUAUUGAAUUCAAUGAAAGGAGCAUUAAAUGAAAUCUAUCCCCCUCAAGAAAAUGAUAUAGAUAUUGAAAACAGUGCUGAUGAUGAAGAUAGCGUUGAAAAUACACAGUUUAACAAAGAAAGCUUUAGAAAUCACUGCAGGAAUGAAUUUGCCAAGUUGCAAAGACUGUUUAAAAACAAGAAUAACACUGAGAAAGAAGGUGCUUAGCAUUUUUAAAAAAGCAUCUUUUAGGUUUAUUAUACUUUAAUUUGUUCAUUUUGUAUCUCUGGAUAUACAGCAAGAAACACAAUCAAAAAGACUGAACUGCAUUACUGAGCUUCAAGCUGUUGUAGAUCUGUUCAACAGUGUCUUCUGCUAUACAUACUUAACCUGGAAAGAUGUUCCGGUGAUCAUCAUUUUUGUUUCCUUUGUAAAUUUCAUUUUUCAGUUUCAUAAAAUCAGUUUUGUUUUGCUGUAUCCCAAACAUUUGUAUGGAAAAUAAUAUUUGUACAUUCACACAUGUAUAUA